CGCCGUCCCAUCUUGAUGUACCAUCGUCCCCCCCAACCCCCUGCAUACCAACAUUGCUCCAUCUACUGGACGGAGCCGACGCCUUCCAUGGAGCUGGACGUACUGCUACCGGGUUAUUGGUCUCUAAACGAGUGCGGCUCUAGAUUAUCACGCUGAUUGAUUCGCCUAAAUGAAAGCACUCCCUUUUCGGAGAAUCCAGAUGAGACUAGCGUGGAAAGCCCAAACAACAACCCAAUCAUCCGUUUCAUCACCCUUCCUUUUCCCUGGCUUGCUCUCAUUCACCAUGAAGGCUGCUAUCCCCUCCCUCCUCAUCAGCCUUCUUGUCUCUGGCGCGCUGGCCGCGCCUGUCAACGAAAAUCGCGACGUCGCCCACGAUGACGUCACUGCGUACGAUGUCCCCAGUCUGGCGAAUGUUCAAAUCAAAGCCGCUGAGGUUUAUGAGGCUGACUUGAACAUUUUGGACGAGCGUGACGACAGCCAAGAGAUAGAAGACGAGUCCUUCGACUUAGAAAAGCGUGAUGCGUUGCCUUCUAACCCGGACACUCCCCCGGAGCCAACAUGCACCAAGGAGCAUGUAAAGAAGCAGAUACCUCGCUCCCCAGCCCCUACUCCCACCAUCCGCCCCGAUUCGAACGGUAAUGGCCUCACCGAUGCAGAGAUUGAGUCGUCUAUCGACGCCGAGGCCCGCCGGAUCGGCUCCGCAGCAGCGGCUCAGGCUACUCCUCCUGCCAGUGGUGGUAAGAAAGCCACGGACGAAAACAACGGGGCAGCUAAGAAGGCGAAGGGGGGCAAGCAGAAGAAAGGAGGAAAAAAGAAGAAGGGAGGCAAAAAGAAGAAAGCUGCCAAUAACUAGAGGUUUACCAAAAGAACGAGUCAGCAUUUACAACGCGGUUAUGGGAAAGGCACAUUUGGUCACAAAUUAUGUUUAUUUAUUCAUUGUUUAUUAUAGAGAGCAGGU